GCCGUGUAUUCGUCCGCCCAGAAACCGGCCGCCCUUCCGAUAGGGAACUCGUCCUGACGUCAUGAAACAAGAACAGGCAGAUACCACUUUUGAGUAAGGGCAUUAAUACUACCGUACCACCCACGGUGCUCUGUACCUGCUGCCAGACUGCGACCUGUCUCCGGUAUUUACUGACACUCUGUGCGCUAGUAGGUCGGAGCGGAAAACACAGCCGAGAGAGACGGACGAGGCGCGCCGUGCGACAGGAAAGCAGCGGGCUGUAACCUAGCUUUAGGCAUGGCUGAUCUCCUGAGGCUGCUGCUCCGUGUGGCUGAGAAAGCCGCCAAUGUGGCUCGGGUCUGCAGGCAGGAGGCCCCGCUCUUUCAGCUGCUGGUGCAAGAGAAGACUGGAGAUGACAAGAACAAGAAGUUCGUCCAGGACUUUAAGACGCUCGCUGAUGUGGUGAUCCAAGAGAUGAUCCGUCACGAUGUUGGAGUUCAGUUCCCUGAAAUGAUAGGCUUCAUACAUGGAGAGGAGUCCAACAAGUUUGAAAAUGGCCUUGGGGAGAGUGUGACGGUCACAGUGUGUGCGACAGAGGAGGAGACUGCAGCGCUGUUGGCCACAGUGUUGGAUGGUGAUUGCACAGCAGCAUCUCUCCUGGCACGAGCCAUUCACCAAGACCCAGCAACCAUAGAGACAGGGACUGAGGGUCUUAAUGUUCCCCUCAGCCCCAAGGAGCUCGGCAUCUGGAUCGACCCUAUAGAUGCCACCAGCCAGUAUAUUGAAGGUCGUGAGGAGGUUUUGGAGGAGGGCCACCUGUCUCCGUCAGGUCUGCACUGUGCUCUGGUUCUGAUUGGAGUUUACCUCCGGAGCACGGGAGAGCCGGUCAUGGGUGUCAUCAACCAGCCGUUCAACUACAAUGAUCCGGCUGGUGGAGGUUGGAGAGGGAAGCAUUUCUGGGGUGUGUCGUGUGAAGGUGUCAACGUCUGCUCAAUCUCCCGACGCAAAGCUGUGCCUGAGGAGAGCAAAGAGUCUCGAGGGCUGUCUGUGGUGCUGAGCUCCAGUGAGAAGGAGGUGGUGAAGGAAGCCCUGACUCCACUGUGCGGCUCAGACAAGCUGAUGUACGCCUCCGGAGCCGGAUACAAAAUCCUGUGUGUCAUCCAGGGUCUGGCCGAUAUCUAUGUCCUCUCAGAGGGUAGCACUUUUAAGUGGGACUCCUGCGCCCCGCAUGCCCUGCUCCGGGCCCUCGGAGGGGGUGUAGUGGACUUAACAAAGUGUCUACAGUCCAGUGCCGGGCCAGAGGGCCGCCAGGCAGAGCUCACCUAUCACCAGCCCCACACUGAGAGUCACGGGGCAGACCGCUGGGCCAACCAGGGUGGCCUGGUGGCAUAUCUAGACUGUGCACUGCUCAACAAUGUGAUUGGGAGUCUAAAAGGCAAGCUCUAGUUGAAGAAGACAUGGAUCAAUUGAGUGCAAGCUGAAGUAGCUAUUGUUGCUUAUAUGAUAAUAUUCAUUUUUCCUAUUUUAUGGGAAGGAGAAUGGGGGGUGGGGUGGGUUGGUUAAGGUAUUUUUAUUAUCAACAAUCCUGUUCUAUUUUAAACAUUGAUAUAUAUGCAGUUUUAAAUAUGAGAAAGUAAACAUAGACCAGGGGCCUGUCUCAUGAAGCAAGAUAAGUGGGUUAGUGAGCUAACUUUGGGCACAGCCCACGUUUUUUGGAUACAUCACUAUGGGAACUUAAGCACAUUUUAUACUUACAUGAAAAGAGCAUCUGUGUGUGAACUGAUACUAUUUGUUCAUAUCUGGGGCUGAAAUUGAUCUAUGCAUGGGCAUAGAUCUGAUUUAUUUAUCAUAGGGGGUAUCUCUGUACGGGAAUUCAGCAAUACACACAUCAACAUAAAAGUAAACUGCCCAUGAGCAGGUUAGGUUGAAGUUGUCUGAUCCAAAAAUAUAAAAAAUUAACUCUGGAAAAAUCCCGUGGACUUGUGAGCAUAUAGUAAGAAUUUCCUGGCCAUCUGCCCACUCUUUGUUUAAAAGAGGGCUUCUGUCAAAUUGCAGGCAGCUGACAAUAGUUACCAAUAAUGAAUGACAUUUACUGUUGCAUAUUAUGCUCACUGAGUUUUUUUUCCACAGGAAUUGUAAGCAUGAUCGAUGCACUAGAUUGUGCUCAUAUUCCAUCAGUGCAGCCCUGGAGAAACUGAGCUUGAUUCUGAGAACAGGAAAUCUCAUCACAUUGCAUCCCAUUAAUGAAAGUUAAGUUCCUUAAAGAUGGGGCAGUAAUAAGCCCUUUUACUUAUUCAUUUGCACUAUUCGCAGCUUCCCUCCAGCAAUCCUCUCUAGCCUUGGCAGCAGAAACUGUUUCUUUACUGCUGUUAUAUGUUUUGUAUUGCUCAUAUUUUGUCUGUCAAGAACAUAAUUUUAGUAACCCCCUCCCAUGCUUUCCACUUCUGCAGUCUACAUAAAGUGUUGAAAUUGUCAGCCAUACAUAUUACUUAAUAAUAACUGCUGAAGGUGUUAUUUUCAUUCUGUAUUUUAUAUUCUGUAUAAUGUGCAUGUAUGCCAUUUCAUAUUCAUUGCGGAAUUACAUUUACCACUGCAACAACUUAGUUUUCAUUAGUUUUAUCCUGUCUUAAAUAGGCUACUCUGGAUCGGCCCAUGCGAUUGGCUGUUUGUUACAAACUACAUCUCUGUUGCGUCAGCAAGCUCGGUUGAGCGAGCUAGUUAACAACCACCUUUAUGAGACCAGUUAGCCAGCAUUGUUUUUGUUAGAUUUUGUGGAGCCAGCUAUCACAGAAAUACCCUGACUAUGUUGAACCUGUGCCAUGAGACAGGCCUCUGGGUCCAGUAAUAUUUGCCAAUCCUGACUUUGUAGCUUCUUUGUUACCAAAUGGGUGAAGCUAGACACGCAGGAUGAUACAUCGGACACCCAGAUCUUAAAACAAUCACAAGAAGGUAUUUGAAGCUAUUUAUAGAUAUCUGUGACUGACAACUUAUCAACUGUCUUGUUGUGGUAAAAGUUACUCGUCUGCUAGCCUCCUCCAUGCAGGUGUCAGCAAACUUAUUAUUUGUGAACACUAUUUAACCCAGGACUGAUAAGCAUUUGUUAAACAGUGAAAGGCUUUGUGACAGUGUAGUGAGAAGGAAGUGAAGCUCUCACUGCUGGACAGCUGAGGUGUACCUCCCUGCCAGAGAUAUGGUACCCUGGCAUGGUGAGACUGCUUAGGACCAGUGUGAAGGAUGUUUGCUGGACCUACAACAAGAACACAGUCAGAUGAACCACUUUAAAUUGCAAUCAUGCUAAAUCAAAUUACAGGUGUCUCCCAACUCGCCUAACUUCUAAUGAGUUAUAAAUGAGGGAAGUGAGUGUGUAAGGCUCAAAUCAACCAGUGUUGAGGAAUCUGCACCUCUCUGAAACUGCUCCUUUUAAGGAGCAGAGACAUCAACUUGCCCUGCCCUCUUUCCAUGGUCAUAGCUCCAUUAGUUAAUAAGGUCAGAGAAUGGAAAAGCCAUAUGAGGUAAAACAGUGACUCACAGAACCUUUUGCAAUGUGGGUUUACAGUAAAAUGAAAUUUUAAGCCAAUUUGAUGGAAUGGGACCUAUGCAGGCUGACAGGCUCCUUUGAGAGCAACAUUAAGCAUUCUUAAAAAGAUGUUUACUAUGUGGAUAUAGUUUCCUAGCCACUGUAUAUGUUUUAAAUGUUAUAACUUGUGUAUGCAUCAUUAAAUACCUGAAACGACA